GGCAAACUGUGUGCAACUGCUCAACUGAGCAGUUGCAGAUGUCCAUCAGGGAGAUGAUGUACAUGUAGAAGAGAACUGGUCAGAAGGGCACAGCAGGAGGGGAUCUGGAAGAGCUGACCAAGUUCAUCUCACCGAAGGCUGAGGGCGCAGCCAUGGCAGUGUUCCAUGCCAUCCUAGCAGGGAUUACAUCCACAGCUCUUGGGCAGUCAGGAAUGCUGUAACAGCACCGUGAAUGCCAUGUCCGCACCGCAGUGUCUGGAAGGCUGAGGUACUGAAGUGGGUACCAGGAGAUGACAGGUGGAAAUGAAUCCUGUACUGCAGGACCAACAUCUAUGUCCUAUUUAACUUGCCUGACUUACAUUCUGGAAGAAUGGACUGGUGUGGAGGAUAUCGGAGAUUAUCUGAGUUAUGCAUUCUACAUUUUAUGGUUGCUUUUUCCACUUGUAGUAGUCUUUGUACUUCCAGGAGUUAUUAUCAUUCUCUUCUAUGUUUCCAUUCUCUGGCUUCAUAUUUAUAAAAGGAAGAAUGAAAUAAAGGAAGCUUAUUCCCAUGACGUUUGGAUAGGUGCAAGAGAAAUGUUGGCAACCAUAUGGGAUGGACAUGGGAGAAUAUGGCAUGGUUAUGAGCUGCAUGGUGUUGAAAAUAUUCCUCAAGGACCAGGACUUGUUGUGUUUUAUCAUGGAGCUACUCCUGUUGACUAUAUCUAUUUCUCAGCUAGACUUCAUGUAAUGAAGAAGAGGUGCUGCAGCGUAGUAGCUGAUCAUUUUGUCUUUAGAUUACCAGGUUUUAGAAUACUACUUGAGGUACUUGGAGUUAUACAUGGACCAAAAGAAGCUUGUAUCAGGACUCUGGAGAAGGGCCAUCUGUUAGCCAUUGCCCCAGGUGGAGUUCGGGAAGCACUCUUCAGUGAUGAAAUGUACACUAUUUUGUGGAGUGAUCGCAAGGGCUUUGCUCAGGUGGCCAUUGAUGCAAAAGUGCCCAUCAUUCCUAUGUUUACACAAAAUAUUCGAGAAGGCUUUAGGACAUUAGGAGGAAUAAGAAUACUUAGGUCACUAUAUGAGCGUACUAGAUUGCCAGUAGUUCCUCUGUAUGGGGGGUUUCCUGUCAAGCUUCGUACAUUUAUUGGAGAACCCAUUCCAUAUGAACCAAAUAUGACUGCUGAGGAACUAGCUGCAAAGACAAAAGCAGCAGUCCAAGCUCUCAUAGAAAAACAUCAGAAAAUACCAGGAAAUAUAUUUAGGGCUUUAAUGGAACGAUUUCAAACACAAAAGAAAGAAGAUUAAGGUCUUCUGGACUUAAACUUCUAUAACUACUAUUUAGUUAUAAUAUUCUUAAAGUUACAUUUGUAAAUUAUUAAUUCUUCUAAUAAUAGGUUUUAAAUACUGUCCUAAUGAUACUGCUGUAAAAUUUAAGAUAGAAGUCACUUACCCUUGCCCUUUCCCCUCUCCAGUAUCAAGCUCAGGAACCCAAACUUCAAAUCAUUCAUAAUGGGGCAAAUUUUAAUUUUUGAUAAAUGCAUUCUUACCUUGGAAAUGUCUGGGUUGUUGAUUCUGGGUUUUUUUUGUUUGUUUGUUUGUUUUUCCCAAAUAAUACUGCAAGCCUUUAUGUAUAUGGUCUGUCUUCCUUUUGGUCUGUUAUUGUCUCCCAUCCCUAACAUGAUGGAUCUCUAACCUGAAUGUCAAACCCUGUGCAGAGCUGGAGUCUUACUGUUUUGACUGUCAUCAUUGUAAGACGGUUUUGUGGGCCAGAUGAAUGCCAUACAACAUUAUGAGAACUUUGCUAAGAUUGUUACUCUCGCACUGCUGGGAAGCAGUCCACCACUUUUGGCCUGCAGAACCUCUCUAGCAGUGCCUGCAAAACCUAUGUUGCAAAGUGUUUAGUUUUGCUGGGUGAGCUCAGAAAGUGUUCAGAGGAAUGAAAAUUGAUUAGAGAACUAGAGUGAUCCAAGGAGGUUUGUUAUGGAAACCACUCCAAUGCUGUGGAUGGGAACCCUACAACACAACUGCUAUUCCAAGCCAAGGCAUAUUGGAUAUCUGCCCAUGAGUAGAGACUUAUCCCAUUUAUUUCUCAAUGAAUCUACAAAUUCUCUUUUGAAACAAUGAGCCAAGCAUUCAAACAUCAAGAAGUAAAAAUGAGAAUACCGUUUAGUAAUAUGAGCUCAAAAAUAUUUAUUUUGAUGGAAAGAGAAAAUUGUUACAACACUGUAAAAGCAGUAGCUCUUUUGAAAAACAGAAUUGGCAUUCCCAAAUACCUUUAAGAUUUAGUAUAAGGAUAAACUAUUAAAUAUAUUCUUUAAACAGUUAUUUAUGUAAGUUAAAUAAUGAAGGAGAGGGAGUUCUGUAUACUUAAGUGAAAACAAUUGAAUCAACAGGAGAGAGAUGCAAGAUUGGGCUUUUGUGCACUAACAGCAAAUUAUAUUUUUUAUAUGAUUUUUAUUAUAUUUUUUUCUUAGCUAAAGCCUAUGGUUUUAUUGGCCGUAUGGAAAUAUCUGAAAUAUUUAUUCUAAUUUCCAGGAAUUUUGGUCUACAGUUCUUAAAUUAACAUCUGGGAACUUUCUAGUUUUGGGAUGAGGACAAACUCCUUCAGAAAAAAGAGGUUUUUGCUAUAUGAUGUGGUUGCCUUUCAAUAUUGUUGGGGUGUGACCUUUUCUUAAAAAAAAUACACCUCCCCGAAAAAUAUCCAAUAACCAACAUUUGAAGGAGCAGUUGUAUUCGAUAUAGUAGUAAUUCCUCUCACCAUUUAAGCAUAUACUUUGCUUUAUGCUCUUUUAAAUGUGUAAAUUAGUGUUGUUGCAUAACUGCAUGUGGGUGAUGCCCUAUGUUAGAGAAAUACCACUUUAUGUGAAAUGGUCUGUCAAAUGUGGUUCACAAGAAGCAAAAGGCUUACUUACUUUAUGAUAUUAUUUUUUACCAAAAACAUUUUAUGUGGUAUUAAAUUUUUUAUAGCUUUGAAAAGUGUCAUGGUAUCUAAAAGCAAAUGCCCAUUCUGAAGUUUUUUCAAUGACUUGGGUUUUACUUGAAGGCAAGAUUGUGUUCCUUUUAAUUUAUUGGACUGUGUUUCAAAAAUACUGUUAACACAGCAUAUCAUUAAAAAUGAUAAUGCUAAAUUCCUGCAUUGAAAUAUAACUUAAGUAUGAUUUUUUUUACUGUCCAUCCCUAUAAAAAUGUACAUCAGUCUGUGCUGUGAACAUCUCAAAGCUGAACAUAUUUUGUGUUGAGUUUGCAUGUAUGUAAAAGAGAAAUCAAUCUAAAAGGUUCCGUUAGACAUGGACAGACAUUGUUACCAGAGAUUUUGUAAAAUUUAUUUUAUUAAGUGUGUGGAUUAUUUGCUGCAGUUUUGUCCCUUUAUGUAUUGAAAGAUCAGUAUAAAAAUGAAGGGCAGUAUUGAUACUUUCUAAGUGUUCACAUUUGUAGAGGCCUUUCAUAUUUAUUUCUAUAUAUUAAAAAUAUAUAAAUGACACCUUUUGAAUAAAAUUGACAACUAGAACAGA